AACACCAGGACGAAGGUGAAGCAGAAGCUGCGGAAGCCACGGAAACCAAGGAUCCUGAGGCAGAAGCCAACGUACAUGCAGAGGCUGAGGAAGAUGGUGAAAAGGAUGAGAGCGUCCUGGACAAGACGGUACUGUCUGAUCCUCUCUCUGAUGAGGAGCGAGAGGUCCUGACCAAAUUGCGGCAGCAUGAAACUGAGGUUGAGAAGGUUCGUUCCGCAGCGCUCGAGCUGCGAUCGAAGGCUAGCCAGUCUGCGGUGGAUUUUCGCAGCUUCACAGAGGCGGCGCAGCAAGUGGAGGACUCGACCAAGGUGGACCCUGAGAUCCUACAGCGCGAUGCCGUCAGUUCUCAGUUGGAAUGGCCAGCAAAGGAACUGAAGUUUGCCCGAGUGCUGGUCGCAGCGCUCGACGCCUGGGAGAAGGCCUUGGCCAAGGGCAAGGAGCAGCUCACAGCAGCACCGGAAAAUGCGGUCAUCGGGGAGAGCAUCACAGCGUUGUUGGAGAGCUUCCAACAGAUGCAGGUGGCCCAAAGGGAGGCCCAGGCUAGUGGAUCCCCUGCUGUGCGGCAUGCUGACAUCGGCCUGACUGGCAAGGAGACUGGCCUCCGUCCCUUGUUGGAGGCUCUACUGGACAAGGCUCAGGAACUGGAGCAACUGGAGAGCUUCAAAGCGCAGUUGCAGGACGAUGAGGUUCGCAUGCAGAUGCUGAGCGACUUGAAGGUCCAGUUGCCGGACUCCCAUGUAGGCGACGCCUGGGAAGAUGAUCGGGGUGGUCUUGUUGUGGCGGUUGGAGCAUUGGUCAAACGUUUGAAGUGCUUACUACGGUAA